CGUCCAGCUGACUCUCAGUACUGCGCAUGCCCUGUGGAGUACAAGCUGUCAUUCUGCAGUAAGAGCAUUAAGAUGGAUAGUGACGAGGCUCCAGCUCAGCGGCCUGUCACCUUGGACAUCACUGUAGAAGAUGUCACCAUUGAAACCCCAGCCCCAGAUCCUCCAGAGCCCACCACCAGUCAGACCCCCUUCAGAGACUCCCUCCUACCCCAGGAAGACAGCAUCGACCUGGGCGGGGAGUUUGUCACCCCGCAGGAGGACAGCAGUGCAACACCUUCAGAGAGCCUGCUGGAGAAGCUCAAUGACCAGAUGAUGGAGAGUGUCAUGAUUUCUGACUCGCCCAAUAACAGUGAGGAGGAUGAUGUGGCGCCCAUUGACUCUUUUCUGGAUGGAGGAAUUGAGGAGGAGGAGGAGGAGGAGGACGAGGAUGAGGACUUGGACAAGGAACAAGGGACUUUAUGCAUCACUCAGGAACUUGGUGAAAUUGGACAUAACACAACUGAGAUAACGGUUUCUGUGGAAGAUCAGGACAAAGAGGAGAAGGUAGAAGAGGACGCAAAGGAGCAGACAGAAACACAAGAGGAAGUUGUAGCUGUUGUUUCUCCAAUUGAGGACCUUCAGAGCCCAUCUGAUGUCAUAGUAGAGGAACUAGCGCUACAAGAAGCUAAAGGGACAACCCUGAAAAACGAGAAUGUGCCGGUGUGCACCAUAUUCAGCCAUGGAACCCAGCCAAAGUCUCUGGUGCCUGAUGGCUUCCAGCCCACUCUCAUCAAGUCCCCCAGCUUCAGCAUGGGGAGUGGUGGACCAAGCACCGAGGCAGUGACGCCCAGCAAGCAGACGCCCCCCCUUGUGUGUCAGCCAAGCCCCAGCCUCAGUAAGUUCUUCACCGACAACGGACAGUGCAACCCAGCCACUGACUUCUUUGAUUCCUUCACUGCCCCCUCUUCCUUUAUCUCUGUUUCAAACCCAAAUGCUGACAUCCCUCCUGGCUCCAGCCCUGCACCGAUCGCUCCCACUCCUGAGCGCCAGCUCUCCUCCACAUCCUCCUCCAUCUCCACCCCGGGAGGACCUCUGGAUUCUGGAGCUCCCACCCCUAGCUCAGUGUUCGGACCUGCCCCUCCCGAAUCAACCACUAAAGCCCAACAUCCUCCACCACAAACAGUCCCAGCUCCGUCUCAGACUCCGGCCAGUCAGCCCCAGCCCUUCAACCAGCUGUUCUCAGGCAGCGACGACCCGUUCGCGAAAGCCUUGAGUCUGAGUGAGGUGGACAGGCGCCAUGAUGCCUGGCUGCCGUCUGAGGAGACGAGGAAGGUGUUGAUUUCUGUGGCCACCCAGCAGUACAGCCCAGCUUUAGUGGAGACCAUCAGACUCACCAUGCCGGGACUCAAGUUCGACAACCUGCAGGGCGAUGCUGUAAAAGACCUGAUGCUUCGUUUCCUGGGAGAACAGGCAGCGAUGAAGCGUCAGGUCCUCACUGCCAACUCGGUGGAGCAGUCCUUCACAGGCCUCAAACAGCUCAUCAGCAGCAAGAACUGGCGGGCUGCGGUGGAUCUGACGGGCCGGCUGCUGACAGCUCACGGUCAGGGAUAUGGGAAAGCUGGCCAACCAACCUCCCACACCACCGACUCACUGCAGCUGUGGUUUGUGCGGCUUGGCCUCCUCACCAAACUGAACCUGCACCAAAACGCCGAGCUGGAGAUUGAGCCCUUCGGCAACCUGGACCAACCAGACCUCUACUAUGAGUACUACCCCACUGUGUACCCUGGGAGAAGAGGCUCCAUGGUGCCGUUCUCCAUGCGGCUGCUGCAUGCCGAGCUCCCACAGUACCUGGCCAAGCCCCAGGAGGCUCUGGACCGCCUGCACACUCUGAAAACCGUCUGCCUCGCUAUCCUGGAGAACUUGGAGAAAGGCUUGGCUGAGGAUGGCAGCAUGAUCACCUUAACACAGGAGAACAGGCAAGUGUCUCUCAAGCUGUGGCGGUCUCGCCUCAGCCGGGUCAUGUACUCCAUGGCCAACUGUCUGCUGCUCAUGAAGGACUAUGUUCUGGCUGUGGAGACGUAUCACUCCACCAUCCAGUAUGAACCCCAGCAGAGAGUGCAGCUGCUCAGCGGCAUAGGACGCAUCUUCCUCCAGAUCGGAGACGUUAAAACAGCAGAGCGGUAUUUCCAGGAUGUGGAGAAAACCUGGCAGAUGAAAGGGAGCCAGCCGAGUCACACCACAUGCGUGCUGAUGAACAGAGCCUUUGUCUACCUCAGUCAGAACAACUACACUGAAGCUCACGGGUCCUUCGCUGAAGUCUUGAAAAUUGACCCCAAGAACCCUGUGGCUAACAACAACGCCGCGGUGUGUUUGCUGUAUCUCGGCCGGCUGAAGGAGUCCCUGGGUCAGCUGGAGGGUCUGGUGCAGCAGGACCCGGCCCUCUACCUCCACGAGAGCGUCCUCUUCAACCUGACCACCAUGUACGAGCUGGAGUCGUCCCGCAGCACGCAGAAGAAGCAGGCGCUGCUGGAGGCCGUGGCCUGCCGGGAGGGCGACAGCUUCAACACGCAGUGUCUUAAACUGGUGUGAGAGGCAAGAGCAUGAACUGGAAGAUAACACACACACAACACACACACACACACACACACACAUCCUCCCCCUGUGUGAAAGGGAAUUAAAGCCCAGACGUGAGAUCUGUAGAGGGAAAAAGUGAAUGUGUACUGCUUGGUUUAGCUUCCAAAAAUCAUGUCAAUUUUCAUCUUUAGGAUUACUCUUUUAGAUUGAUGUGGAGGACCAAACAGAGGUGCACAUUUCUCUUUGUGUCAGCACAUUGAGGACUUCCUGUCCCCGUGAAGAGAGACCUGAUAAAGACACAACAGGAACACACACUAGAGGUCACCCACAGGACAUGUCUACUAAAGUCCAGUUUUAUUUAUCAGAUUUACGGGAUCGUUUGACCCUCAUGGAAAUUCCCAAACUAGAAGAUCGAAGCUGCUCUCAUGUCUGCACCGGAAACAUGAAGCUGUAAGGACGGUUAGCUUUAUUUAGCAUCACGAAUGGAAACAGGGAAUGAGUCAGAGUUGCUCUAACUUAACAAAAAGACGAUGAGAUGAUCAGCAGGCAGCUAGAAUAUUCAGCAGAAACAGAGAAGCAGUCUGGUGUCCUUUUAUUUUAGUUUAUUUUUAAUGUUUCUCUGGAGAUAUUUCAGUUAAAGAAACUACUUUUGACAUUUUUAAUUCAGACAUUACAAUAGGACCUCCUGCAGAAGAAUAAGGGACGAUUCAGAGCUCCACCAGGAGAGGUUUUUAACUCUAUGUGAGCAUUCAUGAUCAUGAGGGAGCUUCACUUUCUGCAUGGGAGCUUUAAACUUUCAUGCACAUUUUUAAUCCUGCAAAGAUAAAGACGUGCAGGAGUCUUUUUCCUUCCAGUGAGAGCAUAUCAAGCAUUACUUUACUAACCUCAUCGUGCAGCCAACACUCUUCAAUCUGCAAGUGAACCAACCAGCUGCAACUCCAGCUUCACAACGAGCGUGCAGACAUGACAGUAGCUUCCUUUUUUUCUUUACAUUAAUGAUGCAAAACGUAAAUAUAAUCACAGAAAGUGUCGAACUCUUCCUCUAAAGAUCAUCAGACUAACUCUUGUGGGACGAGCGCUGGUUUUAAGGGAGUUUCAGGCUCACGCUGUGAGACCUGACCCGGGCAUUAAGCUGAGCUUCAGUGUCGCUUUAAGACUAAUACACUACCACACUUCCUCUGCACACACCUGUACACCUGUAAACCACUCCACUUCACCUGCACAGGUGACUAUAACUCAUGCAGUGAACAGAUUAAGACGCGCUUCAGAUUACAUCACUUCCUGUCCUCUACACAGACUGUACAUUUGUACAUAUCAGAAAGGCUGAUUGUUUCCUGUUGAAAUAAUUAUAUCUAAAUUAAUGUCAUUUUUAGUGAUGCGUCCUCUUUGAUUCUGUUUACAAACUGUGCUGAUCAUAUUAAUGUAUAUUAUUAUAAAUAAUUUGUUUUUAUCUGAAAUAAAAACUCUUUUAAAUCUUC